UCAAGCGUACGCCUGCAUUAGUCGAAAUUCAGCCUUGCGCGUCACUCGCUUUCAUUAACGCAACGUCACUGCUGCUGUUUCACUUGUUCAACGUCUCGUCACGCGAAGGCGCGCGCCCGCACCGCCCACUUAAUUGGCGUUUUUGUUUAUCGGUACUCGCCUGCAAGUGCUCAGCAAGCGUUGAACUAUUUGUUGCACCUCCCUCCACAGCCAUAACCAUCGGCAGCACCACACCUCCAGCUUCCCGUCCAUAAAAGUUCAAAGCAUAUUUGCGCUUUCGUCGCUUCAUCGCGUUCACGUCGUCGUCGUCGUCGUUGUCGUCGUCACUUUUAUUGACCGUCCCAAAUUUCGGUGAAUUUUCGGUACCUUCGAUCCUAACACCAACCGUUUGCGUGUUAUAUCCGUUUGUAAACGCGCUCGUUCUAUGCUCGUAUGUCUGGCUCGGAGCGUGUGAAUUGGUGUUCAGUCCUAGUUCAUAUGUUAUAUAAGCAUUCAGUGUACGUGUUGAGUGGGUGAAAGUUUGAUCAUAGCGCUGAUGAAACGAACAGCGCUUCAGCGAAGAAAGUGAAAGCAAAACAAAACGCAAAAUAUACCAUAAGAGCAACGAAAGAGUGUGCGUAAGACGCCGAGAGUGAGCUGGUUGCUUAUAACAGAUUUCCAAGUACAAAAUGCAAGUUGCAAGAAAACAAAGGUUAAUCGUACGAAGAACUAAUAAAAAUUCCACCACUUGUGAUUAGAAGCUGUAAAGAGAGAAAGAUCGCUUCGUUGCUUAGUGAAUCAAUUAUAGUUAAAAGGAUGGAAAAUCAAUAACUCGCAUUAAAAACCAUAACGGUCAACUUAACAAUUGCUGAAUAUAAAACAACAAAACACAAAAGAAUAAAUGCAACAAGAAAAUACAAAAACAACAAUUUUAAACCUGAAACAACGCAUUUAAACGAAAAAAGUAACCAACACUGACUAAACGGGUAUAAACCAGCAAAACUAAUUCAAAACCGAAAUAGAAAUGGCGAAUACCGCACAGCUUUUGCGGCGACAGAGUUCGCGAGACUUCGGUGGUGUAUUGAAAAGUCAAAAGAGCAUUGAUCAACUGGAACUACGGGAAAUGCGCGGUCGCUUGGUACCCAAAGAACACCAUACCAGCGGCACACAUCAUCAUCCGCAUCCCACCCACCACCAUCAACCCAUGUAUGGUGCCACUAAUCAGGCGUUUCUCGGCGAUGCUUUUGACGAAUCGACAGAGUUGGAACCGGACGGUUUCGGUUCGCAGGCGAGCACGAGCAAGUCAAAAGCAGAACUUGUCGCAGCGGUCUCGGCCACAGUGGAGGCACAAGCAGAGGAUAUUGUUGAGGGCGAGAAGGAGGGUGAAGAACGUGAAAGUUGGGACAACAAAAUCAUGUUUCUACUCGCCACAAUAGGCUAUGCCGUUGGCUUGGGUAAUGUCUGGCGUUUUCCUUAUUUGGCGCAAAAGAAUGGCGGCGGUGCUUUCCUCGUGCCAUAUUUCAUAAUGCUGUGCAUACAGGGCUUGCCGAUAUUCUAUCUGGAAUUGGCUGUAGGCCAACGACUGCGCAAGGGUGCGAUUGGUGUAUGGAGCCAGGUCUCACCGUAUUUGGGCGGCAUUGGCAUCUCAUCCGCAGUUGUCAGUUAUAUCGUCGCUUUGUAUUAUAAUACCAUAAUUGCCUGGUGCCUCAUAUACUUGUUGCACAGUUUUGAGUCACCUUUGCCGUGGGCCGAUUGCCCCACACGCCUCUAUGCCAAUUACACUUAUGACCAUGAGCCGGAAUGUGUGGCCUCUUCACCCACGCAAUUCUACUGGUAUCGCACCACACUUCAGUGCUCCGAAAGCGUCAAUGAGCCAGAAAAUUUUAAUUAUCACAUGGCUAUAGCGUUAAUAGUUUCAUGGUUUCUCGUUUACAUCUGUAUGGUGCAGGGAAUUACUUCGUCGGGAAAAAUUGUCUAUAUGACUGCCAUAUUUCCAUAUGUGGUGCUCAUAAUAUUCUUUUUUCGCGGCAUUACGUUGAAAGGCGCCUCAGAAGGUGUGGCACAUCUCUUCACGCCACGCUGGGAAACACUACUUGACCCGGUUGUUUGGCUAGAAGCCGGCACGCAGAUUUUCUUCUCCCUCGGACUUGCGUUUGGCGGCUUGAUCGCCUUCAGUUCAUACAAUCCUGCCAACAAUAAUUGUUAUCGAGAUGCCAUCUUAGUGUCUCUCACAAAUUGUGGCACUUCGAUGUUUGCUGGAGUUGUCGUCUUCUCGGUGAUCGGCUUCAAGGCCACAUCAACAUUUGAUCGUUGCAACGAGGAACGCCAAAGUUUGAUCGCGCAAAAUAGAACCACAAAUUUACCAGUAUGUGAUCUGCAAAAAGAACUGGCGAACAGCGCUUCAGGUACCGGCUUGGCCUUCAUCAUAUUCACCGAAGCGAUCAAUCAAUUUCCUGGCGCUCAAAUCUGGGCCGUGUUGUUUUUCCUCAUGCUCUUCACACUCGGCAUCGAUUCACAGUUCGGCACACUGGAAGGCGUCGUAACCUCGCUAGUGGAUAUGAAGCUAUUUCCAAAUCUACCCAAGGAAUGGAUUGUGGGGGGUCUUUGCUUUUCCUGCUGUUUAAUCUCAAUGUGCUUUGCUAACGGCGCUGGAAGCUAUAUAUUUCAGCUGAUGGACAGUUUUGCUGGCAACUUCCCGCUUCUGAUCAUUGCGCUCUUCGAAUGUCUGUCGAUCAGUUAUAUCUACGGUGUUAGAAGGUUCUCCGACGACAUUGAAAUGAUGACUGGUUCGCGUCCCGGCUUAUAUUGGAUGUUAUGCUGGAAGUAUCUCUCACCUGCUGCCAUGAUCACAAUAUUGCUGGCCUCGUUCUAUCAACUACUUACCGAGGGUAGCAGUUAUCCCGCUUGGAUAGCCGCUAAAGGGCUGACCGAAAAGCUUGAGUGGCCUCAUUGGUGCAUUGUUAUUGCAUUUUUCCUUAUACUAUCGUCAAUAUUAUGGAUACCGAUCGUGGCGAUACUGAGAUUAUGUGGCAUUAAAGUGGUGGAAGACACAGAUCCUGCUUGGUUCCCAGAAGCCGAGCUCAAAGAGGUGCACGGCAUUGUGCCACACGAACCUACCGAAAUCGAACGCAGCAUAUUUUGUUUCAAUAUGGAUGGCACAGAGGGCAUGUGCUGUCCAAAAUAUGGCUUGCCAGAGAAAUCGCUCGAAGAAGAGGAGUAAAUAUACAAAAAAGCAAAGGAAUAAAGCGUAAAAAUAAAAAAUAUGAGGAAGAUCACAAAGGUGUGAUGAAAAUGCUGAAACGAGUGGUAUAUAUAAAAUGAAGUACAUAUUUAUUAAUGACUCACACGAAACCGUCGAGAAUAUACUUAAAACGAAAGAAGGCGGAUAGAACAUGCGAAAAUUAGUAGAACGAAUGAAGUAAACAAAAUAAGUAAGAAAAGGACGAUGUUAUCAACAUUUUAUUUUAUAAAAAAUCUGCAUUUUUGGUGUUUUGGUGCAAAAAAAAAUGGUUUGGUGACUCAACUAUACAAUAAUACGUUAAGCAUGAAAUAAAUUAUAUAUAUAUACAUAUAAAUUAUACAUAAAUAUAUCUAUACAAGAGUAUAUAAUAUAAGUUAAUUCUGUAGAAUUACACUUAAAGACAAUAAUUUAAAGUAGCGCAUUGUUUAGGCAUAAGUUUAGACAAGAGAAUCUACUUGUACAUAUAUUAAAGUAUUUAUAAAAGUUAAGGACAAUAAUAAUGUUGAGCAUACUUGAACAAAAGCUACACUGAUACAAAUACUUAGCGCCUAAAGGAAAUUAGAUUUUCCAUAAAAAACUCUUAGUUGAACUUGACUUAAGUAUUAAGUGAGCUCUAACAAAUAAUCCUCCAAAAAAUAAUCUCAAAUUAGCCACCGAUUAUGAUUCUACAAGUAUUUAUACGACCGAGGUUGCUAAUAUUUUCAAUUUUAUUUAAAACUAUUUUAUUUUUUUUCUUAUUAAUUUUAAUUUAGAUUUAGUGGUCUAUGUAGGUUUAAUUAAUUUUGAACUGAACAAAGGCAUUGUUAAAUAAAGCUAUAUAACUACAAGUGUGUCGAGAUUAGAAUAAAUUGGUGGCUUGAAAGGCAGCAAAUGGUUGCCAUUAACUUAAGCCAACUUAAGUUACUGCUACUUACAAGUCUAUCUUAAUUAAUCUCUAAAUGUUUCUCUCUCUGAACACAUUAUGUGAUCAUUUGGGUGAUCCAUUGCGAGGAUCACUACAUUAAAAAAAAACACAGAAACUUCAAAUUUAAAAGGGAAUGUUUAUUAUUAUUCGAAAGAACGUUUCUUUUUUGAAGAUUAUAUCUUUCAAAUGUUGGUCGCGGCUACGUCUCAGAUGAAUCAGAUCAUCCGUUGAAUCCAAUUUUCGAUGACUCGUUCGAGCAUUUUGAUUGGUACAAGGCCUGAAGUCUAACGGUGUGAUAUUAAAACAUGAAAUUAUCUGCUCACCGAAAUGUUCUCUCAAUAAAUCCAUUGAUUGAUGCGACGUGUGGGAAGUAGCGCCGUCUUGUUAAAACCAAAUGCCGCCGAUAUCACGAGAUUCAAUUUCAGGCAUCAAAUAAUCGGUUAUCAUGGUGCGAUAACGGUCGCCAUUGACGGAUACGUUCUCACCGGCAUCAUUUUUGAAAAAAUAUGGACCGAUGAUUCUACCGUCCCACAAACCACACCAAACCGUUGUUUUUUUCGGAUGAAAUGGCAGUUCCUGAAUAUCUUCAGGUUGCUCUUCGUCCCAAAUGCGGCGAUUUCGCUUGUUUACAUAUCCAUUGAGUCAGAAAUGGGCCUCAUCGCUGAACAAAAAUUUGGCUCGAGAACGUCAGAAUUCCUUGGAACUUUUCAAAAGCCCAAAGAGCGAAGCGAUGCCGCUUGAAAAUGUCGAGUGGCUUCAGUUCUUGCACAAGCUGUAUUUUGUAAGUUUUCAAUUUAAGAUCCCGACGUAAAAUGCACCAAAUCGUUCCGUACGUGAGUCCGAGUUGCUGCGAACGGCGCCGAAUCGACUCUCCACGGUCUUCGUGUACACUGUCAGCUACAGCUGCUAUAUUUUCUUCACUGCGUGCUGAACGAGGUCAAAUAUUAUCCAAUAAUGAAUUCUAGGUUUCAAGGUGGAUGAUGAAGUUGCGAAUAGUACGCUCAAUAGGUCGAUUAUGUUGGCCAUAAGUUGAGCGAACAUAACAGCUUGACACGACUCACGCGUGAUCUGUCAAAAAAAAAAAGGCUAUUGAAAGAAGUGCCUCUCCUUGGAUCACCCGUUAUUUGAGACAAUGUGGUUAUUCCUAAUACAACUAAAUAACGGUACUGCUAACUGUUUCCUACUACCAAAAACAAAUUCUGGCUCAAUGUUACUUGGAUUUCAACGUGAUUUUGAAACCUGUUUGAAGACUAUACAUAUAUCUCUCUUUUAUAUCCCUUAUAUAUGAGACUAAAUUUUUAUGCCUUCUUGUAUUGUAUUUAAAAUAUGUACAAAAACUAUUUAAGGAAAUUUAAUUUAAUCUAUGAUUUGUUAUUAUAAUAUUUGAAAUCCAUUGUUGCUACAUUCAAAUAUUUUUUUAUUUCUCGAAAAUAAACCUCGGUUGAAAUUCAACACACCAACAGCCUAAGAAUAUCAACUCGUUAAAAAAAAAUUAUUUAAAAAAUAUUGUUAAAAACUUAAACAAAACUGUUAAAGCGUAAAACCUUUCCCAACUAGACAUAGGUUUCACCAAAAGUGUGUCUAAAAUAACCAAUGACCACCACACCGUACACGCGUCGGGUGAGGCAAAAAAUACUUGAAACGUGCAACUCCACACCGCCCAACAUAACAUAACCUAACAUAGCAUAGCAUACAUACAAGAAUGAUGAAUGUGCAGGCAUUGCUGCCUUGUUAAAAUAUUGUAGUUUUUGUUUUUGUAAUGCUUGUCACCAAACGUGUGCAGCAAAGCUUAAACUAUCACUGCAGACAUGUGUGCGCAUAUUUGAAUUAUCCGAUACCACUGGAAAUGACAUAUCCUAUUGCAAACAUUUACAUACUCACUCAGAUGCACAAAUACAUACAUAUACGUACAUAUAAUUAUACGUAAAUUAAAAUUGUUAUACUUUCAGUUCUCUAGUAUACGAGUAUAUGUCGGUACAUAUAAAUAUAUAUACAUACAUGCCAUUGCACUCGCGGCUUAAACAAAUAAAUUAAUAAUGAAAUUACGAAAUUGGAACAUAAUUAAGCGAUUUUUUUGUAUUCUCUAAUAUAACUCAUACCUGGUUGUUCUAUACGCUUAUACCAUUUUUUGACUGCAUGUUGUUGUACGUACAAAAUAUAAUAUAUAUACAUAUGUACAUUUAAUUAGUGUCAUAUGCUUUAGUAUAUAUACAUACAUAUGUCAUAUUUAAACAUAAGUAGCUCUGUUAUGCUAGAAGAAGCGUAUGUAUAUGAAUAGUUUUAAAGCUAAUAUUUUCAAAGUGAUCAAAGAAAAUCGGUAGCUAGAACAGUCGGUUCUUUUGCCAAUAGAAAUGGCAAUAAUUGUGCAAUUUUCUUUCAAACAUUAUAGUUUAAUUUAAUAUAAGAACAAUAUAUUUUAAGUUGAGUGAAGAGUUGGCCUAUAAAAAAGUGAUUAUAAUUCUUUUUUUUUUAACUGGCGUUCGUCCAGACCCAAUAACUUCUGGUUGUCGUCUUAGUACUAAAAGCUGACAACAAAAUCUAUCUACCGUUCAUAGACGCCUUAAAAGUUGUAGAUAUGUUCACUGAGCGCAUAUGAUCACAACGUUCAUCAAAAUAACUUAAAGGAAAAACUACCAAUGCUUUAUUAUUUGCUGCUAAAGUGUUAUAUGCACAACCGGACCGGAUUUGAGAUCUGUUCUCGAUCGCGUGCUCCAAGGCAGCGUACUCGCUUCUGUGCAAUAUGUACAUUCUUUAUACAGCAAACCUUUCCUUCUGACUCCACAAUGACGGUCUGAAGUCAAUCUGAAGAGUAAGUUGCUAAUUUAUAAUGUAAUAAUUAGGCCGAACUCGACGUAUGUCAUUAAAAUGUUAGGCAGUGCAGCGAAUUCAAAUUUGAAAGUAAUUCUAGCUUUUCAAAAUAAAGUUCUACGCACCAUAGUCUUUUUUAUUUGAGAAACGAUGUCCCUCACCGGGAUUUGCGGUUCAAGUGCUGGACAAUACUUUACAACAUAAAAAAUUGAAAAGACAUCACUUGCUAGACCUCCCCUUUCGAUUCAAUUAAUGUAUAAAAUUUAUUUUAUUUUAUUUAAUUUUACACAAUCCGAAUACGUGGACUCCAGUGCGUAUGACUGACUUUUUGCCGAAAAUCUCGAUCUAUCAGUGAGAUAUGUUAUUGAAAUUCGGGAAAAAUGUUUAUUUGAUAGUAAUAUAAGCUUGAGUCAAAAAUGGGCUGCAACUGGUCAAUAAUUUCCUUAUAAAGAUUUUCCAAUAUAAAUAUUUUCGAACUACGACACUACAAAUAUCGACGAAUGUGCGAGUUAUUUAAUGAAAUUGAGAGAGUGUAUAUUAGAAAAAUGUGUAUAUUUAAGUGUAAGGAUAAGUUCUUUGAACAUUGCUCCAGACCUCAUAUAAGUAACAAACCUUACGAGCUGAAGGUAUUUCCCCGGCUUUGAUCGCAAUUUGCAAAUGUAUGAAAUGUUCGUUUACGAUCGAACUUAGCCCUUCUUUACUCGCGUCCUUAAAUGCACUAUUGCUAGUGCAGCAAUAGAUUUGAGCUAUAGAACCUUGAAACCAAAUUUGAUUUAAAUUAAUGUCUGUAAUCCCAGUCAUGACUUCAAUAAUGCAAGCUCUUUUGAGUAUUUACAAACCUGACUUAAAGAAGUGCAUUUUUUCAAAAUGUUUUAAAGUUAAAAAAUGUAGAAGUCGAAAAAAAAUAUUCAAAAUGCUUUCGAUUAAAUCCUUUAAGUACUUAUGUCAACACUAGAAAUAUACAACAAAAAAAAAAAACGAUUUGUUUAAAUAGCGAAGAAGUCCCCUUUAGUUCAAUGUAUUUUAUAUAAAGAUGUGGUCAGAUAUUGCAAGUAAAAUGCAGUUUCAACUUAUUUUGUUGGCAAAAAUAUACUUGCAUGGAUGAACAACCAAAAAUUCUGAAAAUCUGAAAUUUUGCACAAGUCCCUUUCUUACUUAGCAGCUGCUUAUUUGCCGGAAGUGCUCAUAUCAGAAUUCAAUAUCGUAAAGCCGCCAUACAAACUGACCGAUCCAACUCAAGUCAUUAAAUGUCAAACUUUUUUAUUUGGUAAGAUAUCUGCCCGAAAAUUAGCACAGAAUUUAUCCAAAACAUCACUAUAAUCUUCGAAGAAAUAGCUGUCAUACAAGCUGACGGAUCGAACACAAGUUUUAUUUGGCAAGAUAUCGUCGAGAGAUUUGACAUCUUCGUUACAUAUUGGUCAGAUCGGACCACUACAGCAUAUAGCUGCUAUCUAAACUAACCAAUGAAAACUAUGAUAACGGUCUUUUUAUACACUUUUAUGAUAUAAAAAUGCUUCUGUGAAGGAUAUUAUAGCAUUUUUUGGAUGAAGGGGUGAAAAAUGUCUUCCGCAUCAUCAGAGCUGUCAUCACAGCAACGGUAUGUGCCACUUGCAGGUCAAUAAUCCUGACCAUGUCCGGAUAACAGGUGUGUUGUGUAGAAGUCGCCGGUUUUCCUUUUUUAGCACAUCUUCUCAAAUAUCUGCUUCGUACAGUAAGACGGAAUGUGUUUAUUCGUCAGCAGUAGUAGCUCUGUUUUUUCUGUAGCGAGCUGGUGGUUACGUGAGUCGAGUCAUGUUUUCGUCCGAAUCAUGACCUGAUUCAGCUUUCUUCGGGCUUCCUCUGUGUGUCCGGCUGUGAUUACUGCUGCUAUGUCGUCCGCGUAGCCGAUUAAAUAUGAUUCGUCUGGCAUUUCAACUUUUAAUAUUCCGUCAGUUGCUUUUGAUGCUACUUCUAUUGGUCGUGAUCUCUGAGUCUGGUAUAGCAGUCUUCUGUUACUAAGAUAACUCCGCCCCACUGCAUUGAGGUAAUCGGGAAUUCUAACAUUUUUUUUUAGAGCUACCAUCAUGACCACCCUUGCGCUAUUGAAGGCGUUUCGAAUGUCUAAUGUCGCCAAAAUAAAUAUUCGCUUGUAUUCGGGGUAUUAUAGCUUUGUUGCAGCCGAAGUUAUUGUCUUUUCUUGUUUGGUUGCAAAAUUUCGGCAAAAUUUAUCGCUCUCUGUAAGACCUCAAUACAUAGAUCUUUCGAAUGUAAGCACUCUUAAGUUAAUGACGAAACUUUAAAAUUUUGUUACAGAAAAUAACGGACCGACUCAACUCGACGUAGGCUGCUUUCCAUAUUCGUAGUUUUUAUUUGCGGUAUUACAGAUUUGAAAAAAGUUGUUAUUUUUCAUAGGCGCUGCAAACAAUAUCACCCAAUCAUAUCUAAACAGAUAACUAACUGCAUAGUAAUCUUGUGAUCUCACGCUGCACUUCUAAGGAAUCGAAAGUUUCCUAAAGUGUACUACAAUACCUAAAUAUAUACAUACUCGUACAUAUGUACAUAUACAUAUAUAUUUACAUAUGUGCAUCAACUUAAGACAAUAAAUAGACGUCAUUGAGUAAUUUGGAGUUAAUAAUUCGUAUUUGUUAAAAAUGUGUCCCAACAAAAUAAUAACAAAAACAACAAGACUAUUAAGAGUAUUAUUAUAGGUAUUUAAAUAUAAAGCCAACUUAAUCCAUUGAACGAUUUACAAACAUAAAUUUUGCCAUUCACCUGUAAGUGAAAAUUAUUCAUGCUGUGUGUUCGUAAGGAAUUUUAUUAUUAACCCGUGUAUUUGUAUUUUAUAUUUACUGCAUUCACAUACUCUUGAUGUACGCAUAAAAGCAAAGUCCCAAGGUAAAUAAUAAAUAAUAAUAAUAAUUAAAAAUAAUAAAAAAUAAAAAAAUAAAUAAUAAAUAAUAAAAAAAUAAUGAAUAAA